UGCACCGAAGCACCUGCUCCAGCCAGGGCGGGUCUGUCCGUCCCCCGGCCGCCCGGUGCAGCCCCGCCCCCGGCCGGACCCCACCCAGCCCCGCGCGCACAGUACAGCCCAAACCCUUGGCCCGCUCGGCUCGAGGAGGCCACGAUCCGGAAGUGGGAGUAAUACGAGCAAGUACCCGCCGGUGCUGCUCCAGACCCCGGGCUUUCUCCACUGGCCCGUCUCCGCGGAGCAAUUGUCACUGCUCAGCGCCCCGGCACAUCCAGCCCCCGCGGCAGCUACAAAGGACGCUCGCGACGUCACCUCGCUCCGGAAGUCUUCCGGACCGUUAGCGCAAGGGCCGCCGGGAAAACCAUCGAGAGGGCCCGGCGGAGGGCCUGACAUUGAAGUGGCGGCUAGAGCGUCCCUGCUAAGCCCAUCCGCCUCCAGAAAGUGGCUGUUACCCAGCGGAUCUAGGCCGCUUGGGAAGGCGUUGCUAUCUGCGUGCCCCGGAAGGACUUAACGCGAAAGGCGGGAGAAGGAAGGACCCGAAAACGGGGGCGGGAGGGGGUUUGCGCGUGGGACGGGACUCUCGCAGACGAGGUAGCUUCCCUCUCCGCCUCUCCGGCUCUCCGCCUCUCCCCCCGGCCCGCCGAGCCCACCCGACGACCUCUCCUCCUGGCGCUUCCGGGAGCCGUGGCGAGAGCGCGCGCCUGCGCACCGGCCGCUCUGCCCUCCCCGCUGCGGCCCUCGCGCCGGCCGGCGGCCCGACGGUUCCCGCAGCGCAGCCCGCCCGGCGUCUCCGGCGUCUCCGCCGCCUCCGCCGCUCGGCGCCCGCCCGUGCAGCAUGUCGCGGCGGCGGCACAGCGACGAGAAUGACGGGGGACAGCCUCACAAAAGAAGGAAGACUUCAGAUGCAAAUGAAACUGAAGAUCAUUUGGAAUCUUUGAUUUGCAAAGUGGGAGAAAAGAGUGCUUGUUCUUUGGAGAGCAACCUGGAAGGCUUGGCUGGCGUUUUGGAAGCUGAUCUACCCAACUACAAAAGCAAGAUCUUAAGGCUUCUCUGUACAGUUGCACGUCUAUUACCUGAGAAGCUGACAAUUUAUACAACACUAGUUGGACUGCUGAAUGCCAGGAAUUACAACUUUGGUGGAGAAUUUGUAGAAGCCAUGAUUCGCCAGCUUAAAGAAUCAUUGAAAUCAAACAAUUACAAUGAAGCUGUGUAUCUGGUUCGAUUUUUAUCUGACCUCGUGAAUUGCCAUGUCAUUGCCGCCCCUUCAAUGGUUGCUAUGUUUGAAAAUUUUGUAAGUGUAACUCAGGAAGAAGAUGUCCCUCAGGUGCGACGGGAUUGGUACGUGUAUGCAUUUCUGUCAUCUUUGCCUUGGGUUGGAAAGGAGUUGUACGAGAAGAAAGACGCAGAGAUGGACCGCAUCUUUACCAACACGGAAAGCUAUCUCAAAAGACGCCUAAAGACUCAUGUGCCCAUGUUACAAGUCUGGACAGCUGAGAAACCACACCCACAAGAAGAGUAUCUAGAUUGCCUCUGGGCCCAGAUUCAGAAAUUGAAAAAGGAUCACUGGCAGGAGCGGCACAUCCUGCGACCUUACCUGGCCUUUGACAGCGUCCUGUGUGAAGCACUACAGCACAACUUGCCGCCUUUCACACCACCGCCUCACACUGAAGACUCAGUGUACCCAGUGCCGAGGGUCAUCUUCAGGAUGUUUGACUAUACAGAUGAUCCCGAGGGUCCUGUAAUGCCGGGGAGUCAUUCUGUGGAAAGAUUUGUAAUAGAAGAAAAUCUUCACUGCAUCAUUAAGUCCCACUGGAAGGAAAGGAAAACUUGUGCUGCACAGCUAGUGAGCUAUCCAGGGAAGAACAAGAUCCCCUUGAACUACCAUAUUGUAGAGGUGAUCUUUGCAGAACUGUUUCAGCUUCCAGCCCCGCCUCACAUCGAUGUGAUGUAUACAACACUUCUUAUUGAACUCUGUAAACUUCAGCCUGGAUCUCUACCCCAAGUUCUUGCACAGGCAACUGAGAUGUUGUACAUGCGUCUGGACACUAUGAAUACCACUUGCGUUGACAGGUUUAUUAACUGGUUUUCCCACCAUCUCAAUAACUUCCAGUUCCGUUGGAGCUGGGAAGAUUGGUCAGAUUGUCUUACUCAAGAUCCUGAAAGCCCCAAACCAAAAUUUGUAAGAGAAGUCCUAGAAAAAUGUAUGCGGUUGUCUUACCAUCAGCGUAUAUUAGAUAUUGUUCCUCCUACCUUCUCAGCUUUAUGUCCUGCAAAUCCAACCUGCAUUUACAAAUAUGGAGAUGAAAGUAGCAAUGCGCUUCCUGGGCAUUCUGCUGCUCUCUGUUUGUCUGUUGCCUUUAAAAGUAAAGCAACCAAUGAUGAGAUCUUCAGCAUUUUGAAAGAUGUACCAAACCCCAACCAGGAAGACGAUGACGAUGAAGGAUUCAGUUUUAACCCAUUGAAAAUAGAAGUUUUUGUACAAACUUUGCUACACUUGGCAGCCAAAUCGUUCAGCCACUCCUUCAGCGCUCUUGCAAAGUUUCAUGAAGUCUUCAAAACUCUAGCUGAAAGUGAUGAAGGAAAGUUACAUGUUCUGAGAGUUAUGUUUGAGGUCUGGAGAAACCAUCCACAGAUGAUAGCUGUGUUGGUGGAUAAAAUGAUUCGUACACAGAUUGUUGACUGUGCUGCAGUAGCAAACUGGAUCUUCUCUUCAGAACUAUCUCGAGACUUUAUUAGAUUGUUUGUUUGGGAAAUCUUGCACUCCACUAUUCGCAAGAUGAAUAAACAUGUCCUGAAGAUCCAGAAAGAACUAGAAGAAGCUAAAGAAAAACUUGCAAGACAGCACAAGCGACGAAGUGAUGAUGACAGAAGCAGUGACAGGAAAGACGGGGCCCUUGAGGAACAAAUAGAAAGGCUGCAGGAAAAAGUGGAGUCCGCUCAGAGUGAACAAAAGAACCUCUUCCUUGUCAUAUUCCAGCGUUUCAUCAUGAUUUUGACCGAGCAUUUAGUCCGAUGUGAAACUGAUGGGACCAGCAUACUAACACCGUGGUACAAGAACUGUAUAGAGAGGCUCCAGCAGAUCUUUUUACAGCAUCACCAGAUAAUCCAGCAGUACAUGGUGACCCUGGAGAACCUGCUCUUCACUGCUGAGUUAGACCCUCACAUCCUGGCGGUGUUCCAACAGUUCUGUGCCCUGCAAGCCUAGGGAUCAAUUGAUUAUCCCCUUUGUGUUAAGAUUUUUUUUUUUUUUAAAAAAAACCUUUUAAACAAUUUGUCUUAAUUUUGGUGGUCUGAAUGCUUGCUUUCUUGUAGUGUCCUUUCACUUAGUAAAGGAAACGCAAGUAUUCCCUAAUGACAACGUGACGAUGAUCAUAGGACAUAUUACGACAGCUACAACUUUUGAAUCUUUUCCCCCUUUUCUGAUACUUUUUUCUCCUGACUACAGAAGAGCUAUGAUUUGACAUGUGAGCUCAAUCUUACAAAGUAGUUUACAGGAUGGAUGGGUCUUCAUGCUCAUGAAUAACCUAACAUGGCUGAAAUAAAACAGAGAAUAUUUUUUUA